UGCUAGUUCUUUGCGUAGAAACAUGGCAGAUGAAGCCACUCGAAAAGUAGUGUCUGAAAUUCCUUUAUUGAAAACAAAUUCUGGACCCAGAGACAAAGAGCUGUGGGUUCAAAGACUGCGAGAGGAAUAUUUAGCCUUGAUCAAGUAUGUCGAAAACAAUAAAGCUGCUGACAACGACUGGUUUCGUUUAGAAUCCAACAAGGAAGGUACAAGGUGGUUUGGGAAGUGCUGGUAUAUUCAUGAACUGCUCAAGUAUGAAUUUGACAUGGAAUUUGAUAUUCCGGUUACAUAUCCAGCCACUGCCCCUGAAGUGGCCAUCCCAGAACUUGAUGGAAAGACAGCAAAAAUGUACAGGGGUGGCAAGAUCUGUUUAACAGACCAUUUCAAGCCACUGUGGGCAAGAAAUGUGCCAAAAUUUGGACUGGCUCACCUGAUGGCCCUUGGUCUCGGACCGUGGCUUGCUGUCGAGAUCCCAGACCUCAUUGCUAAAGGCCUCAUUCAACACAAAGAACAGCAGAACAGCUGAGAGCAGCUCCAUGUUUAUUUAUGCUAAUGAAAAUGUAUACAAUUCUCCCCCUUCCAGAGCUUCUAUUAUGUGUGCAGACUUUUUGCUCUAGCCCUCCUACACACGAUUAAGAGAUUCAGUGUUUUAAAGGCCCAAUGAGCAUCUGAUGGGUAGAGUCAGGAGUGUUAGAUGCUUAAGGCUAAAGCUACACUGUGCCAGUGUCGGAGGAUGGUUUAUUACCAAUGUUAAUUAAAGAAAGAAAGAGAAUACCACAUUAACAUAACAGGCGAGCACUCAGUCGCAAAGCGUUCAGCUCAAAGUGCAAUUAGGGAAAGUACAUGACUAAUUUUGUUUUAUAGACCCACCUAGAAAGUACUGACUCAGACCUGCCUCUCUACACAACACAAUGCGCUACAUGUUUGGUCAUGACGCUCACUCGGACCCGUAUUUGUCAUCUGAAUUGUGUUGUCAUGGUAUUUUUCAUAUUAUUUUAAUGGACCUUUUACACGUAAUCCUGGGACCAUUUUCAAUUAUGGACGGGGAAGCCUUGUGUGAAAUUUGUAUGUAGCUUGUUCAGGUUAUUCAGAUGUAAGCAUAAACUGCACUUGUCUUUGUUUAAGGAAUUUACAUUUGGAAAUAGAACACCAUCUUAGAUCCAAAAGAAGUCACAUAUUCUUCAUGAGAGUUAUUUAAAAUACUCUAUUGUAGAGCUGAGGGUAUAGAGUACACUGCAGGCAUAUUCGAUUAUGAUUGUUGAGCUGGACAUUUUUGUUUAACAAGAUGUUAAUACAACUAAAUUGAUUUUGGAAAAAAAGGUAAAUAAAGUCUUAACAGAUGUUGAA